AUGGAACUAUGGCCUAUACCUCGCUGUUUCAUGCCAGAAUUCACCUGGUCGGACAAUGACGUCCGACCAAUCUCGAAUGAACAAAUCCCACCAACGCCUCUACCAAUAUCCCCCCGACUCCGCCGACUCUGGGGUUUCCUGCACAAAUACCUGCGCCGCUUUUCUAGGUCUUACUGCGGCCGGGUCGGGAUCACAUACGAUAAUCAAAUUGCCCAACUUCCGUUUGGACUGAUCUUGAAAUGGUCUGAUGGCACCCGAUUAGAAGAAGUUCUGGCCAUGCAAGUCGCACGAAGAGCUGGCUUUCCGGUCCCUCGAGUUAUUUGUUACGGGGAACAUCCUGAUACACCACACGUGCCCGUCUCGAUUCCUAUGACUCGCGUGCCAGGCCAAGAGCUGGGGCAAGCAUACGAGAAACUGAGUAACGAGGAUCAAAAGUCGGUUUUACAAGAACUCAAAGUCUACUUGGAGGUGAUUCGUGGAUGGUCAAAUCCGUGGGGCGGGAACAGAAUACGCUCUCUGUUGGGCAUUGCAAUUAGGAGCGUUCGCGUUCCCAACCACUACGCUGGCCCCUUUGAAUGCGAGGAAGAGUUCAACGACUAUCUCAUCCAACCUUCUUGGUCUGGCGGCUUUCCGUCUGAGGUAGCAUAUAAAGAUGCUCUUGGUCUGGCCAGAGGUAUGCGAAAAUUAUCGCAUAGCAUUGUUUUUACCCAUGGGUAUCUAAAACCGCAUAACAUCAUGGUUGAGGGCGGGCGGAUAACAGGCUUCCUGGACUGGGAAUCGGCAGGCUGGUAUCCUGACUACGGGGACUUUACUACAGCAUUGCGAUUCACACGGGAGGAUCCCUGGUGGUAUAGUUUCGUCAUUGAACUUUGCGGCGGCUUGUACUUGGCGGAAUUGGAAUGUGAACGUGCAUUGACUUCUCUAACAAAUGCAUCCUAUUUUGGUAACGCCUACGGUGGACUCCUGGUUUGA